AUGCGUGCCCUGAUUGCAAAAGGAAAAGAAGGUUUUAUCACGGGUGAAAUCUCUAAGCCAAAUGAUGCAACUUCAGCCAUUGUUUGGAGAAAGACUGACAAUAUGAUACUUCAAUGGAUCCUCAACUCUAUUACAUCUCAAUUGACCGAUGUUUUUGGGUAUGUGAGCACCAAUUAUGAACUGUGGGAACUACUGAAAGAGAGAUACGGCCAGUGCAACGGUCCCCUAAUCUACCGUCUUCAAAGGGAAAUCUCUGGCUUAUCUCAAGGUGGACUGAGCUUGGCUACCUACUUCACAAAAUUGAAGAAACUAAAGAAUGAACUAAGGAGUCAAAUUCUGAUGAUGGACCCCCUCUCAUCUCUCAACAAAGUGUAUGGAAUACUAUCAAGUGUAGAAAAGCAACAAGAAAUACAUGGUCACAACAAGGAUACAUGUUUCAAGCUAAAUAGAACACCUGACUGGUAUAAGGCCAUACAAGAAAGGAGAAAGAGGGAAAUGAAGGGAGCUUACACUGUCACAGACCAACAGGCUGCAAUGCAAGUUGCUGAUGGCAGUGGUUCUUCUGUCUCCAAUCCAUUGCUAUCCACUGAUUCCCUAGCUGAGUUAAUCCAUAGAGAAAUUCAAAAGGCCUUUAUGAAGGCCAAAACUCCACUUGAUCAUUUGAACAUGCUUGAGGUGGAGCAUGUUGGUAAGGAGUUUGUGAAUCUUUAUACAGAUUUUGAUGAUAAAUGCUUAUGGAUUCUUGACUCAGGUGCUACAUGUCAUGUGAGCAAUAACUUAUCUCUUUUUAAACACUUAAAACUCUUGAAUAAGCCAGCUAAGAUUCACUUACCUAAUGGAACAACUCAGCUUGCAACACACACAGGGAGUAUACAGCCAAAUCAGUCAAUUACUCUUUAUGAUGUUUAUUAUAUCCCUGACUUCAAAUACUGUUUGAUCUCAAUUCAUAAGAUGUGCCUGGACUCUGAUCUAUGUGUGAACUUUGUGGCUAAUUCUUGUUCUAUUCAGGACCAGACAAGUAGAUGUGAGAUUGGAAAGGGGAGACUAAAAGGGCAUCUCUAUUACUUGUGGUUAAAUCCCUCACUGAAAGUUAUGGCUGCUGAUGAAGAAGUUUCCUGGCACUUCAGGUUAGGUCAUCCAUCCAAUAAAGUGUUACAACAAUUAUCCAAACCUGUUUCUCCUAAUGCGCCUUGUGAUGCUUGUCAUUAUGCAAAGCAAAAAAAACUCUCAUUCAAUAAAAGUACUUCUUAUGCCGACUCUUGUUUUGAGUUGAUUCAUGUUGACAUAUGGGGUCCUUAUAGUCAGGCAUCUUUGAAUGGUAGUAGAUACUUCUUAACAAUUGUGGAUGACCAUAGCAUAAGCACUUGGACUUAUUUGAUGAAACUGAAAUCAUAG